AUGGGCAAUAUGCGAUUAAUUUCGCGGCAUUUGUGGCGGAUCCGGAGAAUCCUGGAUCAAAGCCCUGCUUCCCCUCUGCAAUCAAAUCUCCGCUGUCCUACACGCCAAUUCGGGUCGGCAGCAGAGCAAUCAGUCCCGUCGGCGCCGUCGGAAAGGGUUUCAGGCAUCGUGAACGAACUCUCGGGUUUAACUCUUCUGGAAAUUUCGGACCUAACCGAGGUUUUGAGGAAUAAGUUGGAUAUGAAAGAGAUGCCGGUGAUGGCCAUGAUGAUGCCAGGAAUGGGGUUCAGUGGCAUGCCGGGAGCUGGAAGGGCAGCCGGUGUUGGUGCGGCUGCAGGAAAAGGUGAGGAGAAAGCGGAGAAGACGGUGUUUGAUGUGAAGUUGGAUGGGUACGAGGCGGCAGCCAAGAUCAAGGUGAUUAAGGAAGUGAGAGGGUUUACUGAUCUGGGGCUGAAGGAAGCCAAGGAAUUGGUGGAGAAAUCUCCUACGCUGUUGAAGAAAGGAGUAACGAAAGAGGAAGCUGAGAAGAUCAUUGCCAAAAUGAAGGAAGUUGGGGCUAAAGUUAGCAUGGAGUAA